AUGGCGCGUGGUACCGCUACGAGGUUGUCGAGCUGCCUGGCUGGGCUUUUGAUGCUGCAGACGGCAAUGGCAAGUCCGGCACCGAUUGUGAAGGAGGGAGAGCUGGGUGCUGUCGCGAGUGAGGCUGAGAUUUGCAGUCAUAUUGGUACUGACCUGUUGAAAAUGGGUGGUAAUGCUGCCGAUGCUAUGGUCGGCACGGUCGCAUGUGUUGGCGUCGUUGGCAUGUUCCACGCGGGUCUCGGCGGUGGUGGUUUCAUGCUCGUCCGAGCACCGAAUGGCACUUAUGAGUUUAUUGACUACCGAGAGACUGCGCCUGCAGCUGCUUUCGAAGACAUGUACAAGAAUAACACCAAGGCCAGUGAAGAGGGUGGUCUGGCAUCUGGCGUCCCGGGAGAAGUCCGUGGUCUGCAGUAUCUCCAUGAGAAUUACGGUGUCCUGCCCUGGGCGACUGUCCUCAAGCCUGCAGUCAAAGUCGCGAGGGAGGGCUGGGCUGUCAACGAGGAUCUCGUCAACUACAUGGCAUCUGCCAUUGCCGCCGCAAAACAAAACGCCACUUCCAACUUCCUUGUAAACAAUCCUGAAUUUGCAAAGGACUUCGCACCCCACGGUCGCCUUUUGAAGCUGAACGAGACCAUCACUCUCAAGCGUUAUGCCGACACACUCGAGACAAUCGCCAACGAGGGGCCUGACGCAUUCUACAACGGACCCAUUGCAGAAGCUACUGUCAGAGCCCUGCAGGCCUCAAAAGGCAUCAUGACUUUGGAAGACAUGAAGAAUUACACAGUCGCCAUCCGCAAACCGUCUACUAUCACUUACCGCGACUACAAACUCACUGCAUGCAGCGCACCCAGUAGUGGCGGGGUUGCUUUGACUAGUCUCAAGAUCAUGGAGGGCUACACUGGAGUCGGCGAUCCAGAGAACCGCAAUCUCACCACGCACCGCCUGGACGAGAGCCUGAAAUUUGCCUAUGGCAUGCGCGCCAAUCUCGGCGAUCCCCUCUUCGUCAAAGGCCUGGACAAGUACCAAGAGCAAAUGGUGUCCGAAGCCACCGCAAAAGAAAUCCGCAGCAAGAUCAGCGACUCGAAAACUUUUGAUAUAACCUACUACAACCCUACAGGUCUCGAAUCCCUAGAAACACCCGGAACUGCGCAUGUGGUCACUGCAGACAGAUCUGGCAUGGCCAUCACACUCACGUCGACCGUCAACCUUCUCUUUGGCAGCAAGCUCGUCGUACCCGAGACCGGCGUCAUCAUGAACAACGAGAUGAACGACUUCUCCAUCCCCGGUGCCACAAACGCCUUUGGCUACGUCCCCAGCCCCGCAAACUUUGUUCGACCGGGAAAACGCCCCUUGUCCUCCAUCACACCCGUGAUUGUCGAACACCUCAACGCCACCGUCAACGCAUUCUAUGUUGCCAUUGGCGCAGCGGGCGGCAGCCGUAUCAUAACUGCCACCAUUCAAAACCUGAUUCACAUUCUUGACGGUGGUUUGACGACUGCUGAAGCCCUGGCUCAACCCAGGAUGCAUGAUCAGCUUGUUCCGCCACAGGUGUCCUUUGAGUAUGCCUUUGACAAUUCUACGACCUCGUUCUUGCAAGGCUUGGGCGCGAAUGUGACGUGGUCUGCUACUGCGGGCAGUUCAGCGCAGGGACUGAGGUUGUUGAAGAACGGGACGUUUGAGGCUGCCGGUGAGCCCAGGCAGAUUAACAGUGGGGGCUUUGCGGUGUGA